AUGGCCUACCCGCUCCAACUAGGAUUUCAAGACGCAACAUCCCCUAUCAUAGAAGAACUACUUCACUUUCACGACCACACAUUAAUGAUUGUAUUCCUAAUUAGUUCUUUAGUAUUAUACAUUAUUUCACUCAUGCUAACAACUAAACUAACACACACAAGCACUAUAGACGCACAAGAAGUAGAGACUAUUUGAACCAUCCUACCGGCUAUUAUCCUAAUCCUAAUUGCCCUCCCAUCGCUACGAAUCCUCUAUAUAAUAGAUGAGAUCAAUAACCCCUCCCUAACCGUUAAAACUAUAGGGCAUCAAUGAUACUGAAGUUAUGAAUACACAGACUACGAAGACCUAACCUUUGACUCCUACAUAAUCCCUACAUCAGACCUAAAACCAGGAGAGCUACGACUUCUAGAAGUCGACAACCGAGUAGUACUACCCAUAGAAAUAACAAUCCGAAUACUAAUCUCAUCCGAAGACGUUCUUCAUUCAUGAGCCAUCCCCUCCUUAGGCCUAAAAACGGACGCAAUCCCAGGACGCUUAAAUCAAACAACCCUAGUAUCUACACGACCAGGGUUAUAUUAUGGACAAUGCUCCGAAAUUUGCGGCUCAAAUCACAGCUUCAUGCCUAUCGUCCUUGAACUAGUCCCACUAAAGCACUUCGAAAAAUGAUCUGCAUCAAUAAUCUAA